AACUUUAGUGUGUAUUCUGAGAACGAAUAAUUUAAACCUCUAAAAGAAUUAAUUUUUGUCUUAAUAUCGGAGAAAUAUCAAGUGUAAAGUACCAGGAUGAAUAUUUAAAGUUGCCAUAUCCCUUACUAUGCCAAGAAAAAUAAUCGAAGUGUUAGAAAGUAAAAAAGGCAAGAUUAUAGGAAAGCGUGGCUGUAAAAUAAGAGAGAUACAAGAGGUUACAGGUGCUGAUAUAGAUGCACAUUUUGCAACAGACAAGGUUUGUCUAAAGGGAAACCAAAGCCAGAUAGAUGCAGCAGAAUGCAGGAUACAAGAAAUCCUUUCUGACAAGACAAGUUUCAUGGAAGGCAGUUUGCUUGUAAAAGUACCCAAAUUUGUAGUGGGUUUAAUCAUUGGCAAACGAAGAAGUAAUCUCAGGAACAUUGAAGAAGAGACAGACACCCAAAUAUUUCAAUUUGGCAAAGAACCCUGUUUCUAUGUGAAGGGAGCCCCUGAUGCUCAGUAUAAGGCUAAGUUGAAGAUAAAAGAAACAGCAAGCAAUUGUCGAAGACUUCGAGGAUUUGAYUUUUUCAAAAAAUUCCCAUUCAUUGACGAUAGACAUGUUGGUGAGGAUAGUGAGUUUGCCCUGAAGUUGUCUGUAGUCAAUCCUCGCUGUCGGUGGACUGGGCAACAUUAUGAGCUUGUUAGUGAUGGUAAAUGUUUACAGCAGGAAAAGGAUAGCCCAGGAUUCAGCGAACUUUGUGGUCAAAUCCAAGACAUUUUGCAGUCUUUACAGCAACGUGAAGACAGCGAAAACCUUCUCGUCGACAUGUGGUGUCRUUAUGGCCGUGCUUAUAUCACAGAUGUCGAUGAAGAUGAGGCGGAUAAAAGUUACUCUCUACAACAAGUCAAACAAUAYCUGAAACCAAAGAAUAGCCCAUGGCAGGCGUCGUUCAUUGGCGGGGUUCGUGAGCUGGACGUUCGUGAAAUCGAAAGACUACUGUCAGAAAGACAAAAAGUGAUUCAUUAUACAAGAUAUGAUUUAUCUUUCUUCUCUCCAUCGUGUAGGCAAAUCCGUCUUAAGAUAUUCUUAAAAUCCGGCGGGGGAGAGAAUGGCGAAGAGCUUUCAUUUUGUGAUGAUAGUCCAGURAUGGUAAAGAAUGUUCUAGAAAAGGUGUCACGUGACGAUGGCCUUGUCUAUUAUCUAUGUGCGCCUUCCGUGCAGCAYAUCAAAGUGUACAUCUUCAUUCCUUUUGUUAACUUGGAUUGUUACUUCAUGAUGCGUACAACAUUCAGGAAUAUCAUCCGAACACCAGAAGAAGAAGCCGAGGACAAAGUUCUGAUUGACUUUCUAAACCAGAAUCUAAAGAUCAUCAAUGGGAAGCUUGAACUUCCAACGAAACAAGAACAGUUACCCGAAGGUUUCGAUCUAGCGUACUGGCGAAAAUCAAAGCGCAGAAUUUAUUUUUACGAUGGAUACAAAAUCAAAAUAUCAGAAGAAACGUCGGAGAWUGUCAAUGGUUUUGAGACUGGAGAMGAUGUCAAAAAGAGGAAUGACAUUCACAUUCACCGCAACGAAUGGGAUGAGCAAUUCGCAGAAGAAGAAUGGCAGCCGAAACGAAUAGUCGAAGGAGUUCAAGAGUUCUUGUCUUUUGUAAGGGAUGUACAAAAGCAGAUCGCUAGUGAAGAGUCUGGUCAAGAAGAAUGACUUGAUACCAGUUGUGGUCAAGUGUGUAUUCGUUAGAUAGAUUUACAGCCA